CUCGGCCUCCCCUCUCCUCUCCCCUGGGGCCCGGCUAUGGCCCAGCCACUGCCCCAGCCCCGGCCCGGCCCGGACAGCGAUAUUUUUGCUCCAGAAAUGGAUUCCUUGACUCUGCCCAACGUGGCUUUCCUCCAACAACUGCCCAGUUACCGGUCCAUCGUGAGGCGGAGGAUGUCUAAGACCGGGAGAGACCAGGAGAAAAACACCCUGCAGAGGCAGGAGACGGCCGAGGUCAGGACUCCAUUGGAAGAUUUGAGGGAGGAGAAUUAUUUCAGAGGACAGUCAAUAAGAGAAUUUGCGAUGAAUAUCUCUGAGAAGAGGAGACUGAGGGAAAUUCAGGAGACCCAGACCCAGUAUUUAUCCGAAUGGGACCAGUGGAAACAGUACAGCAGCAAGUCAUGGAAAAAAUUCAUAGAUGAAGCUAAGGAGCUGUCAUCCCAUCUGGAGCUGUGGAGGAAUGACAUUCGCAGUAUUGAGGGAAAAUUUGGCACAGGGAUUCAGUCUUAUUUCUCCUUCCUGCGGUUCCUGGUGGCUUUGAAUUUUGUCAUAUUUCUUGUGAUGUUCGGGUUUAUUUUACUCCCAAUCAUCAUUUCUAAGCACGGGGUUAUUGAAAGCAGUUUUGUGUCAUCUUCUCCUAAAAAUGUGGAAUCUCAUUGCACAGUAUAUAGAGUUGUGAGCAGUGGACUCAUUUAUUUCUACAGCUACAUAAUAGACUUGCUUUCUGGUACAGGUUUCCUGGAGCACACCAGCUUGUUUUAUGGAUAUUACUCUCUGGAUGCAGUGAAAUUCAAAGGCAUCACCUACAAUAUUCCCCUGGCAUAUUUACUGAGCACUUUUGCUUAUCUAGCACUGAGUCUCAUCUGGAUAGUGAAAAGGUCAGUGGAAGGAUUCAAACAAAACCUAGUCCGUGGUGAGGAUCAGUUCCAGAGUUACUGCAACAAAAUCUUUGCCGGAUGGGACUUCUGUAUAACAGAUCUGAACACCGCUCAGCUAAAGCACAGCAGUUUGCAAUAUGAGCUCAAAACCGAUUUGGAAGAAGAAAGACUGAGACAGAAGAUAGCCGAAAGGACUCCAGAACAAAAGCUGUGGAUCUAUUCUUUGAGGCUGAUUUUAAACACUAUAGUCUUCGCAGUCUUGAUAGGAUGCUUUUACUCUAUCUACCUAGCAACUGUGUACUCCCAGGAAAACAUGUACAUGGAGAGCAAGGAGCUAAUAUUUGGAGAGAAUCUCCUUGUGCAGUAUUUACCCUCAGUUGUGAUCACUCUGGCUAACUUCAUCACUCCCAUCAUCUUUUCCAUCAUCAUCUACUAUGAAGACUAUUCACCAGCUUUUGAAAUCCGCCUGACCCUCAUGAGGUGCGUCUUUGUGAGACUGGCCAGCGUUUACGUGCUCUUCUUCUCCUUGUGGACCCGAAUCACCUCCUGCAAAACUGACAAGUGUAAGACCUGUGGCUACAACUACAAGCUCUACCCAUGUUGGGAAUCUCAAGUUGGGCAGGAAAUGUACAAACUGAUGAUCUUCGAUCUGAUCAUGAUCAUGGCGGUGACUGUGUUUGUUGAUUUUCCUAGAAAGCUGUUGGUGACCUACUUCUCUUCUUACAAGCUGAUUAAGUUUUGGGGUAAUCAGGAGUUUGGCAUUCCUGAUAAUGUCCUUGGAAUUGUGUAUGGACAGACAGUCUGCUGGAUCGGGACCUUUUAUUCACCCCUUCUUCCUGCCAUAGCAACCCUGAAAUAUAUUAUAAUUUUUUAUGUAAAAAAGAUAAGCCUGAUCCACACCUGUAGACCUUCCACGAGGCCUUUCAGAGCAUCAAAUUCGAACUUUUUCUUCUUGCUGGUGUUAUUGAUUGGGCUUCUUUUGACCUUCAUUCCUCUUGAACUCAGCAUUGCACAUAUUCCAUCCUCCAAAGCCUGCGGACCUUUUAUUCAUUAUAACAGCUCGUGGGACAUUAUCCCACAGACAGUCCACACCUUCCCAAAUGCCCUGCAGAAGGUGGUUUACGGUAUCACUUCAGAAGCCUUCGCCCUGCCUUUCUUCAUGGUCCUCUGCCUCAUCAUGUUCUACUUUGUUGCACUGGCUGGAGCUCACAGGCGAGUUGUGGAGCAGCUCAGGGAGCAGUUGGCUCUGGAAAGCCGUGACAAACUCUUUCUAAUCCGGAAGUUAACGGAGGCCCAGAAAGAGGUGGGAAUCCGUUGAUUUUACACAAGGUACCACCUGCUGCUGCUAGGGAACUGGCCAAAAUCUUAUGCAAGCCCCUGUUCCCCAUUGUAAGGGCCAUCUGACCCCCAAUAUCUUUGUAAAUACAGUUCUGAGGACUCAUGUGUGCCUUCUGCAUCUGCUCCAGAUUUCCUGAUGCCCCUGCAAUUCAGGAUAUGGCCAGGGUUUGUAGAAUCAGUCCCUAUUUUCAGGAUUUUGUAAACCAUAAAAAUGUGCCUAGACUUAGUCUUGGCCCUCUGAUAAAUCUGUAAGGCUCGAGUUUUGACAUUCCAAGAAGGGAAGAAAGAAAUUCAUCCAGUUUAUUUGAAAAGUGAUUUUAAAUUCUUCAUUGGCGAUCACUAACGCAUAAUCUCAGGUUAGCACUUCUGGACAAAACUUCCGGUGACGUUUCCUGAUCAUAAUUUUCAGAUAUCUUGUUUUAUAGAUCACUGAUAAGGAAGAUUAUUUAAGCAUUAUGCUUAGUGGAAUCAAUGUUGAGAAGGUCAAGAGCCUGUUGUUACAAUGAAUAUUGAAGGACUAAUUACUUUCACCACUGAGGUGGUGAUAGGAAAGGUGGAAAUUCACUUUCCUGAAUUGAUUUUAGUUUUUGAGGUGUAAAUACCAACACAUACAUGACCCCUGUUCUCAUAGAAGUGCUCCUUACCAGGUGUCAUAUCAUAGUCUGAUUGCGUAGAUCAAGAAGGAUUCAAGUGAACUCAGCAUUGAUCCGGGUGGACCUCUGAUUUUUCCUUGGUUUCCAAGUGUAGAGUUCUGACAGGAAUACUUACAAUUCAUGGCCCCUACAGUGAGGGUCCAAAGGGAAAGACAGAAGACUGUCCUUGGUCACUUAAGCUAUAUAUGCAGAAAAUGCAAUAUGCUCAGAACUUUAGAAGCCCACAGGAAGGGUGAUACAAACUUGUAAACCCUGAAUGGAAAGAAGAUUUCAUUUUAAGAUGAUAUUUUGUACUUCAGCUGGACUGUGGUCAAAUAUUUGGGUAUUUGACAGUGCUUUUCAUGUUCAACCCUCUUGCCCCUGAUUGGAUUGGGGGCAAAUUGUUACUCUUGCCCAGAACCUCAUGAGACUCAACAACUGUAAAUCAAUUGCUGCUGUUGCAACAUGAAUAAGUUGCUUUUUCCUUCAAGAUCAGUGUUAACAUGUUGAUAAUUUUGUGUGGCUCUUAAUGCAGGUACAUCUAUGCAAGAAUUUUCAGUAACAGUGAAAAUCCCAUUCUGGGUGCCUGGAGUGCAUAAACAAAUCUCUCCCCGACUCAACAUGAACAUCCAGUGUUAUUGCACUGUAUCUACAAGAAAAACAAUAACGCUAAACCUUUUAGGGCAUACAAACUUCAUUCUUUAACACAUUUUAACACUGACUCCUUGGCAUUUAUUAGUGCUCCUUUUACAUUAAUCCAAACCCUCUGCAAAGGUUAGCCUUUACCAGAAUCCAAGGUUGGUUAGAUCUUCAAGAAAUGAUUUGCUAUGAUCCAGUCCUAUGGGACUAAAAUUUCUCUUGCAGAACUGGAGGAUUACAGGAUCAGUCCUCCCUGACCAACAGAGGCCACCUCAUUUCCUGGUCCGGCAACUGAGAGCCUUUGGCCAUUCAUGGCCAUUCCAUGUUUACAAAUGCACUUUACUUUCAGGAUCUUCAGUGGCCUUCAUCCUCUUUUACAGACAAAAUCGAAUUACCCAAAAAUCUAUUUUUAUUUUUCCAAGAGAACCGUGAGAGUAAAUUAUGAAAUAAGCAGGCAUCGAAGCUUGUGACUGCCAUAACCUGGACGCUCUUCCUGGAAAUUCUGUGGCUUUACCUGUCCAUCAUAUGAUGGGCAUUUGGAGUAACAUUGGUUAUUUGGCCCAGUUCUAACUGCUUUUUAUUUCUGUCCAGGAUCAACAUUUUUAAAAGUGUCAUUAAGUGUUAACUUAUUAAAUUUUCCUACUUGCCACAGGUGAAAAUAUACAACUGUUACAUUUCCUUUUUAAGACUGAUCAAUGUAGUAUUUGUUGUUGCAAACUGCUGCCAAUUGUGAUUUUACUUGAAUUUUUUGGGGGGUCAUCUAUUUAAUAACUGAGGAUAAGUCUGUUUUUUUAAGACAGUCCUCCUAAUUGUGCGUUUGGACUACUGAUUAAAGUUAAAUUUUUUCCUUUUUCA